UCAACUGUCCGGAGGUUAUAUGGUUUUAUUAGUUAAAAAUGGUUAUUGUGCCGGUGAAUAAUCGUGUAAAAAGUUAAAUAGAAUAAAUGGGGAAGGCUUUCGGCGUAUUUAAAUUUAAAUUGUAAAAGAUAUAUUAUUUGCUUUUAUAGACCGCUACUUGUCCUGAGACCUAAGAGAGAGAUGGACCUCUGUCCUCCCCCAUCAGGCACCCCUCCCACCACACCUGCCCCCACUCCUCCCUGUCUGCCCCCAGGGUCCACCCUAGCAUCCCCUUGUCCUUCUCCCCCUGGCAGCCAAACUGGGACCUGUCCCGUCCCACCUGUUGCCUCUCCUACCCCUGGUCACAUGACCCCUCUGGCCUCCCCCAUGUCUCCCUCGGUCACUGUGCCCCCUGCGCGCCCCCAGCACCAGUCCGUCCGGCCUGCAACCCACUUAGGCCGUUCCCAGCUGAACGCUGCCACUGGCGUCACCCGACCGUCCCCAUCGCUGCCGGAGGAUCGGAGGACCGCAGCUACUGGGUCGUUCAGCUCGCCGCGUCACACACUACAGUCCGAGGCUGAGGCCAAUGCAGCAGAGGAGAUCAGCCCUGAGGAGUUGGAGGACAGGGCUAAGGAUGGAGACCCCAAAGCCCAAACCGAGAUGGGGAAGUAUUACCUUAAGCUGGCAGAGCAGAGGGAUGAGGAGCUGAACCAAUGCAAUGCAGUAGGCUGGCUGGUCCAGGCUGCCAAAAAUGGCCGCAAAGAAGCCGUCAAGCUCCUGAAACAGUGCCUGGCUGAGCGGAAAGGUAUAACCUCAGAGAAUGAGGAGGAAGUCAAGAAGCUCGCCACUGAGAGUAGGUUUGAGCAAGCCGUGAGGAAGGCUGCCUUGCUGAUGUACUGGAAGCUGAACCCCGAGAAGAAGAAGAAGGUAGCCAUAUCUGAGAUGUUGGAGAACGUUGGCCAGGUCAACUCCGACCAUGAUGGUGUUGCCACACCAGGCCCGGUCCCCAGCUCUGUGCAGAAGCAGAGGCGGGUGCUGGAGAGACUGGUCAGCAGUGAGAGUUCUGCUAACGAAUAUGUGGGUUUGGACGAUUUCGUGGAAGUCACCAAAAAAUACGCUCAGGGCAUCAUCCCGCCUUUGGUAAUGGAAGGUGUGAGCACCGACGACGACGAUGAUGAUGAGGCCCUGGAGAAAAACCCAGACAACCUGCCCCUGAAUCGCAAGAUCCUUAAGUACCCGCUUCACGCAAUUAUUGAGAUCAAGGAACAUCUGAUUGACUGGGCGUCAAGAGCAGGGAUGCAAUGGCUCAGUGCCAUCAUCCCCACCCAUCAUGUGAAUGCGCUCAUCUUCUUCUUCAUCAUCAGCAACCUCACCAUUGAAUUCUUCGCCUUUAUCAUCCCCCUGGUCAUCUUUUACCUUUCUUUUGUCUCCAUGGUGAUCUGCACCCUGCGAGUAUUCCAGAACAGCAAGGCUUGGGAGAACUUCCGUGCCCUCACCACCUUACUAACACGCUUUGAGCCCAACAUAGAUGUGGAGCAGGCUGAGUCUAACUUUGACUGGAACCAUCUGGAACCUUAUCUAUACUUCUUUCUGUCGGUCUUCUUUGUUAUCUUCUCUUUUCCUGUGAGUGAUAAGGCCUGGAUCCCAUGUUCUGAGCUGGCCACCGUGGCAAUCUUCUUCACCGUCACCAGCUACAUGAGCCUACAUUCGUCAGCAGAGUCAUUUGCCCGGCCGGCACUCCUUGUUGAGAUGGCAUCAUCCGUGUGUGACAUGACCAACUUCCUGCCAGAGAACAUGUCCUUCCUGCGCUUCCUGGGAAAGACCUUCAUGGUGGUGCCGCUGGGCGACUUUGUAGUCCUGAAGAUGAGCAUUCCCUGCCUGCUGUACAUGUACCUUUUCUAUCUGCUGUUCAGGAUGGCCCGGCUUCGUGGAUUCCGGGGCAUCUACUGCUUCCUAGUGCCCUACCUGGUGUGCUUCAUGUGGUGGGAGUUCUCCAUGGUCCUCCUCCAGAACUCCACCACCAUCGGGCUGAUCCGCAGCUGCGUGGGCUACUUCUUGUUUUUAUUUGCACUCCCCAUUCUCACCCUGGGUUUAACUAUCAUGCUGCUUAUUCAGAUGUUCAAGUGGUUCUUAGCUCUGGAGCUAACCAAGAUGAUCGUCACCGUGGUGGUGUGUGCUAUCCCAGUCGUUCUGCGACUAUGGACCCGCUUCAGCCUCUCCCUGCUGGACAUCAUCAAGUCCCUGUCCAAGAGCAGUGUGGUCAAACUCAUUUUGGUCUGGAUCUCAGCAGUCUUCCUCUUCACCUGGAUGUACGUCUAUCGUUCGGAGGGCAUGAAGGUGUACAACUCUACACUGACCUGGCAGCAAUACAGCUUCUUAUGUGGUCCACGGGCCUGGAAGGAUUCCAAUAUGGCCAAGAUACAGAUCCUCUGCAGUCACCUGGAGGGCCACCGUGUCACCUGGACGGGCCGCUUUAAGUAUGUGCGGGUGACGGACAUUGAGAAUGGCCCUCAGUCAGUCAUCAACCUGUUGCCGGUCUUUUUGGGAGACUGGAUGCGCUGCUUGUAUGGUGAGGCCUAUCCCAAGUGUGACCCGCAGAAUGUCACGCUCCACGAAGAGGAGCUAUGUCGACUGAAGUAUCUGGCCAAGCACGAAUGUCACAUCAAACGCUUCGACCGCUACAAGUUCGAGGUGACAAUGGGCAUGCCGUUGGACAAGAAGGGCCGGAACGGCACGUUGGAAGAUGACGAUGCCACAAAAGAUAUCGUACUCAGGGCCAGCAAUGAGUUCAAGCAUGUCCUGCUGAACCUAGGGAUGGGUAGUAUCGUGGAGUUCAGCACUGUGCUCGAGGGUCGCUUGGGAAGCAAAUGGCCCGUGUUUGAGCUCAAGGCCAUCCACUGCCUCAACUGUGCUUCACCACUGAUCCCUGUGGGCAAGCAGUAUAAGAUCGAGCCGGACUGGCGGGCCACGGCCCACAAUGCCUUCAGAUUUGCCUUUAACUUUUUCUUUAACCCAUUCUUGUCGGCCAGGACAGAAUAGUGCACGCGCUUGUCGUGGGGAACACUUUGAUGUGUGGGAAACUACAUGUGACUCCUGGUAAUUCCGCAUGCAUUUCACAAAUAGCUCAUGUCAUGGGUGUGAGUGUCUUUUUCACUACUAUUUAUAAUGCAAUGUGUAGCUGUAAAAACGUGUAAGCACUUCUUUACUGUAGGACUAUACAGAAAUGAAUACUUAUGCAAAGCUGUGUGGAAUCGAUACAGUGGCUGCUUUGCCAAAGAUGACAUCACAGUGGUCUGCAUUGAUUCUGUCCGAUAAUUGGUUCCUCGAGUAUUCCAGGCUAUGACUUCACUUAAGCAGCUCAAACAGUGGCGGUGCCCACAGGACCACGCUCCUCAUACAGUGGCAAUGCUUUACAGUGACCUGCAGGAAGGACCAACCAUUUGUGGCCCCAUUUAAGAGACUGCCUUGCCACACUGCACAUUUAUUUUGAGCAUAGAAGUCGCUGUGCAUUGCUCAUUAACACACUUUUAAAUAAUUAUAUGCUCAUACUUCUCAUGAACUCGAACAACAGAGGUAACAGAGUCCUGGGGGUUUCUGCACAAGGAUGUGACACUAAGGAAAGGUGAACAGUGUGGGAAUUUCAGUCGUGAAUUUCAACUGCUGCACAAGGAGUAGGCAUGUUUUCACAUUUGGCUCAAUUAUGCAGGAAGGUGUCACAUUUGGUGGAUGUAGGAUACAGUCUUACAUUGAGAUUAAUUAGUGAGAUACCUCAGUUAAAUGUGGGGAAAUGUACGUAUGCCUUUUAAUUUCUUUGGACCCGUUGAUCCACUAUGUUUCUUAGCUGCUGCUUCCGGUCAUUCUGAAAAAUCUAGGUAAUAUAUUGUUAAAUCCUGUUUAUUGCUAGGUAUUCUUUACACUUGUGUGAUAUUUAAUUACAGUUAUUUUAAGGCCUUAAUAUUUUGUGAAACUUGUAAAUUCAAGUGUGAAAAGCUUAACUGGCCAAGAGUAAUAAAAAUAAUUCUAAGAGAA